GGCGGCCCCGCUCCCCCAUGGCGGCCCCGCGGCUCCUCCGGCUGUUGCUGCCGCUGGCCUGGGCUCGGACCGCGGGCUGCGCCGACCUGCCCGGCGGCGGCUGGCUGGCGGGCGCGGUGCCGGAGGAGGAGCGGUGCACGGUGGAGCGGGCGGACGCCUCCCUCACCUACUCCCUCUUCCUGCAGCGGUUCGCCUACUCCCGGCCGGUGAUCCUGCGCGGGGUGACUGACAACUCGGCUUUCCGUGCCCUCUGCACCCGGGACAAACUGUUGGCGGCCUUCGGGGACCGCCUGGUGCGGCUCAGCACCGCCAACACCUAUUCCUACCGCAAAGUGGAUGUGCCCUUCCAGGAGUACGUGGAGCAGCUGCUGAAGCCGCAAGACCUGGCCCAGCUGGGCAGUGACACACUCUACUUCUUCGGGGACAACAACUUCACCGAGUGGGGCUCCCUCUUCCAGCAGUAUGUGCCCCCCCCAUUCCGAAUCCCAGGCACCAGCCCUGCCUACAGCUUCGGGAUUGCAGGCUCUGGCUCUGGCGUUCCCUUCCACUGGCAUGGCCCUGGUUACUCAGAGGUGAUCUUUGGCAGGAAGCGCUGGUUUCUCUACCCACCGGAUCACACCCCUCACUUCCACCCAAAUGAGACCACCCUGGCCUGGCUCCACCACACUUACCCCACACUGCCCCGUGCCCAGCGCCCGCUCCAGUGCACCCUCCGCCCCGGAGAGGUCCUAUACUUCCCGGACCGCUGGUGGCACGCCACCCUCAACCUGGACACCAGCGUCUUCAUCUCCACCUUCCUGGGGUAGAGCCUGGAGGGAUGAGGACAUGUCACCGAGGACAUGUCACCAGCGUCCUGGGGUGGCAGCACCAGCAUCCACCCACUCAGCAACUUGUGUUGGGACCAAGUGCCUGAAGCCCUGCUGGGUUUUACUGGGCUUUCCCCUCCCUUUUGGAUUAAAGUUGUUCUGUGGAACCCCUCCUGUGUCAUUACAUCCCCUCCUCAAUGGGAAUGCAGGCAGGAUGGGGGGCGUGGCACAGGCAAACCUGUUCAUCCACAGCUGGCACUGCAGAGAUCACCCCCCCAAACCAUGCCAACUU